UUAGCAGCUACUGUUGCUUCCUGUGGGGGACGCGGCGCUCGCUCUGCGGCUCAUCACUCAGUUCCUGAAAACCGAGUGAUACCAAGAAUGAUUUACAGGAAGAAAGACGCCCACCGAGGGUGGCACAUAGAAGACCAUUCAGAGUGAUGUUUGUUUUAAAAAAAAGAAAAAUAGAGGGAAUAAGGAAAAGGUUAUGAUGGAAAGAAAUACAAAGAGCAACAGAUUUCAUGCACAUAAAGUUCUGUUUUUAUUAGAUUUUCUCUGUUUUCUGUAGAUAUUUGCUAAAUUCUUGGUGAAAAAUAAUAACAAUAAUCCACAUUUCAUCCACGGUUCCUCGUCACGACAAAGAAACGUUCUGAAAUCAGGCCUCAGAGCCCGCCGCUCAAAUUUGAAUUCUUCAAACCGCAAAGUUUAACACACACAACAGAAAAACUCUGCGAGGUUAAACAGGGCGACGGCGAGUAAAACGGGUGAGAAGAGAGGAUGGGGGAGGGCGAGAGAAACAGAGAGAGAAAGGAAGAGAAACGCUUUUAGAGCUUCAGGUCUAAAAGUCGAGGACUGAGGAACGCCGCAGAGGAAGGAGCUUAAAAGAAAAAGGAACAAAAUAACUUGAAUAAAAGGGAAACUGCUGCUGCUUCGCUGAUGAUCACAGCUUUUUGUUGUAAAAAAAAAACAAUCAAGUGGGAGACGGUUUGAAUCAAGAUGAUGAAGCUGUUGGUUCAGCUCUGCUUCCUGGCUCUAAUAACUUCUGCUGUUUCACAAGGACUAAAUACGACGAUACGUCCUGCAACUCCAGUUCCAGAAACUUCCGCUCCCACACAACUAUAUGACACGAAAACAGCCGUGGAUGUUAAUAAAAAUGCCACAGAUCCUUUUAAUGCUUCGACAUCUGAGACGGACAUUAAUGGAACCAUGGAGGAGACGAACAACGCAACAGCAUCAACUCCGUCUCCUCCAGCGCAUCAGAGCCCUACCUCGGCGUCAGUAACCACGCCAAAAGAAGAAAGCAGUGAAGGGUCAACCUCUGCAGCGCCUACAGCAGUGACUUCACAAAGUUCAUCUUGGGCUUACAUCCUGCUGGUGUUGAUAAUCAUCGUGAUCAUCGCUCUGUGUGUCAUCCUCUACAUGCUCCGCAGGGCGUCCAGGACGUACUCGUUUGACCUCCAACGCCCUCCGGCCUCCAGCAGUGCCUACGAACCAACUGGCACCUUCGGUCAGGUCUACCUGGAUGACCUCGACCAACCGGUUAACAAAGAUGUGAUCUCAGAUGAUCUCUCCACCACACCGAUACCCAACGGCACCGGCCCACAACCGGAGGAAAACGCAGACGGGGAAGAGAACGCUCUUCAGGAUCCACCAGAAACAAACGACCCGCAGAGAUCUUCGUCGUCCUCUUCCUCCUCCAGCAGCAGCAGCAGCUCGUUAUCAGGAGGCGACCAGACAGAGAAGAAAUCCAACCAGAUGAGCAGCAACAACUUGUUCUUCGAUGCAGUCGAGGAGCCGCAGCAACAGAACGGAAACAACAACAAUCCAUCCGUUUGCUCCGUCGACCCAUUUGUGGAAAUAAACCUUGACGAUCCGGCCUGGUCCGAUCAGCUCCUCACUUCUCCGCCGACCUCCUCGGUCCUCCCCUUCUCGUCUUUCUCCUUCUCCUCUUCCUCCUCUUCUUCAUAGCACCCAAACAUUCACACAGAAGCAGAGACUGAACGUCCUUCCCACCAGAAUCAGCAGGAGGUCUUUAAAGGUCUCUCUCUCUCUCUCUCUCUCUCUCUCUCUCUCUUUCUGUCAAAAUGCCUCCUUGCUUACUUGAAACGUCAACAAGCUAAACACGAAGCUAACUCAAAGUUAGCUUGAACUGUUUUGAUGAUGAAAUGUUAUUUUUUCUCAAGUGGUUUUAUUCUUCUUUUUUUUUACAGACGAUUAACAAAAUCUAGAAAAACUGCAACUUGCAACAUGUGAUGCUGUCAAAUCAAACUGUUUUAGUUUAGUGUUUAUAACAGUCAUGAGUUUUUAUGGCUUUCCGUUUACAGAUUAUCGUUUCUCAAACUAAAUAAACUGUAAAAACUAGAAGCUAAUGUCUCCUAAUUACCGUCAACAUGAACAAUUUUGUAAAAACUUCUUUUUAAAUCUAUAUUUUUUGCCUCACAUGAAACCCGAAAGCUUUGAAUUUCAAAUGUAAUUCUGAAGAAUUGUUUUUGGUUGAACUAUUGUGAAUAAUUUCUUUACUGUGCAGAAGUAAAAAUAUGCAGCCGCUGCUUUAAUUAAUGCUCUGAUCCAAACUGAUAAACAGCUGGGCAACGUUUUUUUAUUUACUAACUUUAUUAUGUUCAUUGAAAUGAUGUCAUUUUAUAAAUACCUGAACUUUAACGUGUAUGGAUCAAACUUUCUGUCAUAGAAGCACAUUUUAAAAUAAAAACAUGUUGUGUUUGUUUUAAAAUAAAAA